GUUCACCAGCAUGGCUCUCACGUAUCAGGUCGCAGUCUGGAAAAGUUGGACACCACAGGCGGUUUAAAUCCAAACCAGAGACAGGGCGACAGGAGAAGAAACCAGCAUGACGACCGAGAGAGUCUCGGCUCUGAGCGGCGGCGACGAGGUGGAGGACUCGGCUCUGGGAUAUUACGACGACGAAGACGACCUGGACGCGUUUUCAGACGGAGAGCUGGGCUGUGAGGACGGAGUGCUGGGCUUCAGUGAUUCACUGAGUGGAGAGGUCAAACCUCGUAUACUGUUGAUGGGCCUACGGAGGAGUGGAAAGUCCUCCAUCCAGAAGGUGGUUUUUCACAAGAUGUCCCCCAAUGAGACCCUGUUCCUGGAGAGCACCAACAAGAUCUGCAGGGAGGACGUCUCCAGCAGCUCUUUCGUCAGCUUCCAGAUCUGGGACUUCCCCGGACAGAUCGACUUCUUCGAUCCCACCUUCGACUACGAGAUGAUCUUCAGAGGAACCGGAGCGCUGAUCUUUGUCAUCGACUCACAGGAUGACUACGUGGAGGCUCUGAGCAGGCUGCACCUCACUGUGACAAGGGCCUACAAAGUCAACCCAGACAUCAACUUCGAGGUGUUCAUUCACAAAGUGGACGGCCUGUCGGACGACCACAAGAUCGAGAAGCAGAGGGACAUUCAAAAACGAGCCAGCGACGACCUCGCAGACGCAGGCCUGGAACGAAUCCACCUGAGCUUCUAUCUGACCAGUAUAUACGACCACUCCAUCUUCGAGGCCUUCAGUAAAGUGGUCCAGAAGCUCAUCCCUCAGCUGCCCACGCUGGAGAACCUGCUCAACAUCUUCAUAUCAAACUCGGGUAUUGAGAAGGCCUUCCUGUUUGAUGUGGUCAGUAAGAUUUACAUCGCCACAGACAGCAGCCCAGUGGACAUGCAGACGUACGAACUGUGCUGCGACAUGAUCGACGUGGUCAUUGACAUCUCCUGCAUCUAUGGGCUGACAGACUGUGAGGCUGGGUUACCCUAUGACAAGGAGUCCAUGGCCAUCAUCCAUCUGAACAACACUACAGUCAUGUACCUGAAGGAGGUCACCAAGUUCCUCGCCAUGGUCUGCUUCGUCCGCAGGGACAGCUUUGAGAGGAAAGGACUCAUCGACUACAACUUCCACUGCUUCAAGAAAGCCAUCCAGGAGGUUUUUGACGUUCGAGUGAAGGUUCAACAGAACCGUAAACUCCUCAGUAACAGGAGGUGGAGCAAACUGACUCUGACCAACGGAGGGCUCAACAACCCCCACUGAGGACAGGUGACACCGCAUCGGUCCUCUCAAUACCCGGAGCUGCACCCAGACAAAUUCAGGAGCCUCCAUCCUCAUUCAGAGUGUUUCAUCUUACUGGGAAUUGUCCUGUUCCGUCCUCCAGCUGUCUGUCCAGAGAGGACAGUGUCUUUCACCGGGCUGACUGACUUUAAUGCACAAAAACAGUUUUCAAGUAGGAAGUGAGACGAAUACAGGAAGAUGAACUGAUUUUAUUCCCCCACCCUCCAUGGCAGUAAUGGUGGAGUAAUGUGCCUCAAUAGACCACAGAAACUCACACUAGUGAUGUGUCUCAGAGUCAGUGUGCUUGUGUCAUGUGAUUCUCUGUGAGACAAGGGCUGUAAAUAUAUAUUUUAGUCUGGUGCCUUGGCUCUGCUCACAUGACGCUCUGGAACAAUUCUGAGAGAGUUUGAGCCUGAGAUGCACAACAUCUAACACAUAUGAGCACAUAUUAAAAAGAAAGAGUCAAAAAUGAUGACUAAAACGCUAAUGCAGGAGCAAGGAUGCAGAGCUCAGUGUUGUGUGCAGAGUAAAUGAACGUCAGAUGUGUAUAUAGACAGUCUUACAUACAUGAGUGACAAUAAAAUCACUUUGUGCCUCCCUCAGCUACCAGAGCCUCUGUGGAUCACCCUUUAGACACCAAAUCACUCCUAACAGGCUGAACUGGGAACCAGUAUGACCACAGAAUGAAUUAAGGCCAUCACUUCCAUGUUAGGACUGAAAGUUCUAUUAACAACCACAAAAAAAACACCAGACUAAGAAACCAAACAAAGUGACGUGUUCUGUGUGUCGAUCUCCUCCACGCCUACACACAACGAACAGUGCUGCUGUGGCAGUCAGUCAGUCGGAGCGAGUGUGUUGGUGUUGCAAACAGGGGAUGCUGAUGUAUAAAACUAUGGCAGGGCAAACUAAAAUUAAUAUUAAUUUACUAGUACAAGUAAUAAAAACAUAAGCUACUACAUUAAUGGACGAGCCAAUUAAUUGUCUUGACAUUGGUAAAGAUCAUGGCUCACCAUCUUCCAUCAGCACAACCUUUCUGUCUGUUGUCUGUGAUUUGUGGACGGUAAUAAAAUCUUUGGAAAUUGCAAGUCAUUCUCAUCUAAAUCAGUAUGAGUCGUGUUUGUUAAGAUUUGACUGAGCUAUAAUUUUGAGAGGGAUUGGGAUUUUUCUCUUUUUAAUUUACUGAUAUGACUUCUUGAAUGGUUGUACAACCACACUGUACAUGCAGUCCACCAGGUCUUGAGUUUGGGUUUGCACAUUUAGGCCAGGGUCUGGAGUCAUGAGUUGUUGUGCAAUGAAAUUAAAAAACUGACAAUGAAUGAUAUUGGUUUUCUCCACCACAGGAUCUUACUGGCCUAUAACUUGAGGUUCUGGUUUUGUACUCAAGUUCCUGAACCUGAACUUCAGCACUGGAGGUAGUAUUGAAUUAAAAUGUCAAGGUUGAGUGUGACAGAUGGUUUGCAGCAUUACAAAACGAUAUAGCCUGGUGUUAAACGCACCAUAUCUUGUUUACAGUUCUUUCAGUAUGGACAGAAACAUACUCAAAGGCACUUUAAUGUAGUAUCUAUUAUCCAUAAGCUCAGAGCCUGAAGAACAAAACGCGUACAGGUCUGGAAAGCCAAUCAGAAACAUUAGGGACUUUAAGCAGUGACACUUGAAGGGACGGCUAUGGUGUGAUGUGAUGACGUAGCAUUCAUGUGGACACUUCCUACUGUCGCAGCCCAUCUGUCUGCUACAGGAGAAAGACCAGUUUGCCCUGUGAUAUGUCAAAGACUUAGCAAGUAAUUAUAGGUUUUUGUCAUAUUGAACUCUGUCAUUUCAGUUAUAUUCCAUUAAACUGUUGCUAGAUUUAUGGAAUAUAUUUGUUAAAGAUAGCUGCUAAUUUGACUGAUUUUUCCAGUUUAGUCAUAGACAUGUCAGCUGGUGCCAGCAGCGCUCAAGAUGCUGAGAGGCAACCACAGUAAGUAGCAACUGGCUCAUGUUCCACUAGCCAAACACUAAAACUGUUGUUAACCUCCAUCCUCUCUCUCUAGCCCACAAACUGACUGUGCUGUGGGUUGAUGAAACCAUGACGCUGUCCGUGGUGCUGAAGUAACAGACGGAUUUAAACAAACUCCUCCUCUCAUCCUUUUAAGAGACAUAUUGUAGCGAUGCUCAGAGCGGCCUCGGUUUCCUGAAGAAGUGAAGUAGCCAUUGUUAGAGUUAAAUGUUGCUUAGUGAUCUUUGAUUUUCAUCACUACGACAAAGUAUUGAAAUAUAUUAAGGUGCCGUAGCCACCACUUCACCCGUCACUGCUUAAAGUCCCCACUCUGGUUUAGAACAUGGACCUCACAAGUUCAGGUUCUGUGAAGCUCCAGGUUACAGGUGGCAAUGGAAAAAGGCCUAAUGACAAGUCUGAGUCAUGAGCUUAUUCUGAUGUGUUAAUGGCUAUCACAUGAGACAGCUGUUCAGGGUUCCAGUUCUCUGUCAGUCUGGUCCAAGGUUGGUUUACUGUGCAACCUAUAUUUUCAAUCCCUUAUAUGUACAUUUCACAAUAACUGUGACUUGUUGUCACUGUUUGUAUUUGAAAAGCUCAGUACAGUUUGUACCCAGCAGUGGGUAUGUAUUACUCAGUGCAGUGGUUCCCAGUCUUUUCCAACUCAAGGCCCACUUGAAAACCUUGAAACUUUUGGCGGCCAACAACCAGUUUUUUAUUUUAAUAAUCUGUCUUUGCCUCUCUUUCCUUUUGACUUCUCCUGUUGUCAACCAGCUAUUUAUUUUGAUUCUUUUUGUCAUAGAUCUGUUAGCGUGCAAUCAGACUGAAUAGUAAACAAGUAUUUGCUGCGUUGCGCCCAGCAACAACAUAAAAUCAUUGGUUAAUCACAUUUUUU